GGCACCACGGGCCAUGGCGGGCGAGGACCACCAGUGGCAGGACAGCAUCCUUUACAACAUGCUCAUGAGCGCGAAGCAAGCGCACGCGGCUGCGGAGGCGCCCGAGGCGCGGCUGGGGGGCGCGUGCUGGGGCUGCUCGUGUGGCGCGGAGCCCCUGGUGGGCAGAGCGGAGCUGCCGCGGGGGCGGACAGGGGCGCUCAUGUACCGCUGCUGCUUUUGCGGGGAAGACCACCCGCGGCAAGGCAGCAUCCUCUACUGCAUGCUCACAAGCGCAAAGGAGGCGCAAGCGGCUGCGGAGGCGCCCAAGGAGCGGCCGGGGGGCGCGUGCUGGGGCUGCUCGUGCGGCUCGGAGCCCCCGGUGGGCAGAAAGGAGCUGCCGGAGAGGCGGACCAUGGCGCUCCUGUACCGCUGCUGCUUUUGCGGUGAAGACCACCCGCGGCAGGGCAGCAUCCUCUACAGCUUGCUCACGAGUGCAAAGCAGACGCACGUGGCGCCGGAAGCGCCCGAAGCGCGGCUUAGGGGCGCGUGGUGGGAUCGCUCCUACGGCGCCCAGGGCCUGGGGGGCAGAAAUGCGCUGCCGGGUGGGCGGGCAGGGGCGCUCCUGUACCGCUGCAGCUUUUGCGGGGACGACCACCCGCAGCAGGACGGCAUUCUCCACCACUUGCCCAUGAGCGCAAAGCUGGCGCACGCCGCUCCCGAGACGCAGCUCGCGGCCCCUUUCUGGGACCCCCAGUGUGGCGCACAGCGGCGGGUGGCCCUCAAGAGUCCACAGGUGGUCUGCGAGGCUGCCUCGGCCGGCCUGUUGAAGACGAUGCGCUUUGUCAAGUACUUACCCUGCUUCCAGGUGCUCCCUCUGGACCAGCAACUGGUGCUGGUGCGCAACUGCUGGGCGCCGCUGCUCAUGCUCGAGCUGGCUCAGGACCGCUUGAACUUCGAGACGGUGGAGAUCACGGAGCCCAGCCUGCUGCAGAGGAUCCUCACCACCAGGCGGCGGGAGACCGCGGGCGACGAACCGCCGCCUCUGUCCCCGCUGCCGCCACACUUGGUACGGCCGCUGGAGGCCGGGCAUUUGCCGUCUGCCGCUGAAGUCCAAGUCAUCAAAUGCUUCCUUGCCAAGUGCUGGAGCCUGGACAUCAGUACCAAGGAGUACGCGUACCUCAAGGGGACCGUGCUCUUUAACCCAGGCCUGCCAGGCCUACAGUGCGUCACGUACAUCCAGGGACUUCAGUGGGGAACUCAGCAGAUACUCAGCGACCACAUCAGGAUGACGCACAGGGGGCACCACAUCAGAUUCGCCCAACUGAAUAGCGCCCUCUUCCUACUGAGAUACGUCAAUGCCAAUGUCCUUGCGGAACUGUUUUUCAGGCCCGUCAUCGGUUCAGUCAGCAUGGAUGAUAUGAUGCUGGAAAUGCUCUGUGGGAAGUUAUGAAGGUGUGGGGGCCACACGGGUGCAGUUGACAAUGAGAGAAAGAUAAGGAACCGGAGGCAGAACAGUGUAAAAAAAAAUAAUGUAAAAUAGACUUAUUUUUCUAUGCAUAUUUUUGUAUUCGAUUAAAGAAAACCUUGAGUUCUAGACCCUUAGAAAAUCCUCUGAUCCAUACUGUUUCAUCGUGAAGGAAAGCGUUUACCAGCAGGUAACACAUCUCUGUCCAUCUUUGAGAAGAGAGCAGGAUGUUACUGUCAUAACCUCUUUUCACACUUUUAGUGACUCUCUCCAGUGAACCUACUAAAAUCAAAUCUGUAAGUUAUAAUAAAUGUUAAGGUGUUAACCAUUAACUUGAUUGCAAAAAAAAAACAACAAA